UUUCGAAAUACAACAAAAGAGUUUUUGCAGCAGCAGCAAAAUCAGUACAGUGGUUUUUCUUUUGAUUUUUCCUGAUCGCGAAGCAAUUUUUGUGCAAUUGAUCAGCAGAAAUUCUGCUCGGGAAUUCGUGCAUUCCUUCUGUACAUUGGCAAUAAACCUGGCAGUGCUGUUUUAAGCGUUGAAUUACAUCCGGAAGCAUACCUAGAGCUGAUUGGGGGCGUUUCGAUUUUUUUUUUUCCCUUCAUUCUCAUCUCGUUUGCUCUACACUCUGUUUUUGUUUCACUAUUGUGCAUCGUUAGCAUCCAUUAUCGACGAACUUUUCGUAGAAGGUGAUAAAAAAGAAACAAAGUCGUUCUUGUUCAAGAACAGUGAUAGCGAACAGGAAGAGCGCAACGUCUGACCGACGUCAACGACGAUGGAGUACGAAAGCGUUCUGCUGGUGAAACAGGAAGUGUUUGUUUACAAAAUUCCUCCGAGGCAGAGUAAUCGGGGCUACCGGGCAGCGGAUUGGAACCUAGGUGAACCGACCUGGACGGGACGGUUGCGAAUGGUUUCGAAGGGGAAAACCUUAGCUGUCAAGCUGGAGGAUAAAACCAGCGGAGCACUGUUUGCUAAUUGUCCCGUCGAAGCGUACCCGGGAGUAGCCAUCGAGUCUGUCUCGGACAGUUCUCGAUAUUUCGUGCUGAGGAUACAGGAUGAUAACGGUCGAAAUGCAUUCAUCGGACUGGGCUUCGGCGAUAGAUCCGAUUCGUUCGACUUGAACGUGGCAUUGCAGGACCAUUUCAAGUGGGUUAAAAACGAGGAACAGAUUGAGAAGGAAAAGGUCGAGCCUAAGCAACAGUUGGAUCUGGGUUUCAAGGAGGGAGAAACUAUAAAAAUCAAUAUGAAAAUCACGAAGAAAGACGGCUCGGAGACAAGUUCACGCUCGGGUGGAGCGAAGAAAGCAGGCGGAUUGGGACUAUUGCCUCCACCACCGGGAGGCAAUAAGGUUGCGGGACCUCCGUCAGCUGCUUCGCCGUCCCAUCAACCUGCGGCAGGACCCGGAGGACAGACGGAAUGGGGCGAAUUUACUUCUGCUGGUGCAAAACCCCCUACAACAGCGACAACGCCAAGCAAAACCAACGCCAACUGGGUACAGUUUUAAGAAAAGCGGUUAGAGCGGAUCUACCCUUAACGUUCAGUGUUCUAGCAGAAAAGUAAAUCGUCAAAACGGGCUAAUUGUUAUCAUGCCCUCAUGCAUAUAUAU